AACGCGCACACCCGUGUGGUAAGACCGAGCUCAUCCCAUCACCGUGUUACCUAUUAUUCUUUAAGGUUUCGGUCGGUUAGUGAAUGUGAGUGAAAUCCCGCUGUGCAAUCGGAGGAAAAUUCGUAGGAAACGGAGGACGGACGAAGAUUGAGCGGAUAGUAAAUAGAAGUUUCACAUUACUAGUGCCAACGUGGGGGAGAAGAGAGAGACGAAAACGGAAACCCGAGUUCGAGGAAGGAAGGACAACGGCAGCUCCCUCGGCCUCGCGCCCAGCGCCCGUUUGACGUUUUAUUGAUGUGUGUUAUUUUGGGAACUCCCACUAACAAACCACCCCCAAAACGCUGGUCGUGAAAUUCAAUAAACGCGCCAAACCGACGCUCGGCCAUCUUCGCUAACCAACCGCCCCAAGCAAGUCGCGGUGAAAAGCGGAAAAGCCGUGGAAAAAAAGCAUAAUUCCGGAUUCGCGAAGGCAAAGGCAAAGGAGGUGGUGGUGCUGUACAUAAUUGGCCUUCGAUGAGAUCACAUUUGCCUUCUUCGACAAACAGCGUGUCAUAGCGUUAGCAUAUAGGGCUAUGCUGGGUGAGGUCACCGAGAGCCACAAGAAGUCAACGAAGUCGAACACACAACAAUAAACCCAUCAUCGGGCGGCGGCGGGGACAGCGAGUGUGAUUUGUGUAUGUGUGUCGUUAGAGAUAAAGUAAACAAAAUAGGCAUUAACCUGCACGGCGCGGGAUCAGCCGCACAGUUUGCUAGUGUGUGACCGGAGCAGACACGGUUUGACAGUUAGUGGCGGAUUAUAGUGUCGGUGGUAGAGAGGAGGAAGGAUCUCCCUAUUGGUUUUCGGUAACCGACGCGUCAGACAUUUAGUGACAGCUGCAGAGGCCCCCACCAGCCCCCUUUUUGGAUCCUCAUCGGACGGACUCAGGCUCAUCGAUCCCGGACACGGCGGACACCCAACGAUGGAUAAGCAACGGGGACUUAUUUUUAAAACCGGAUUAGUACUCCUUUUCCUGCAAGCGGCCAACAGUCUCGAAAUCAUGAACCUUCGAGUGCCCAAUUCCUACACGAUCGCACGCAAUGAAAAGGACAAUACCCCGCUCAUACUCGGUUGUGAGUAUGACAUCGAUGAGAACGAGUCGCAAGGAUUCGUGCUGAAAUGGAAACACAAUGAUCUGCAAUUCUACCAGUGGAUACCGUCGAGAAAUCCGGUUGUGUUUAGCUCAUUCCGCGGACAUCUCGAUCUGGAUUACUCGGAGUCGGAGGAGCGGCUGCACAAGCAUAGUGCCUUAAAGUUUAUUAGUCCAAUGGCCAACCAUACGGGCAACUACUCGUGCCAGGUGUCGACGUUCCAGCAUGUGGCCACCAAAUCGGCCCAUUUGCAGAUCAUCGUGCCGGAAACGGAUUUCUCGUUGGGUUACCAAAGGGAAACCAAUGGCAGCACGUUGGUGUUCUGCAACGUCGGUGAAAUCUAUCCCGUACCGGAUGUGUCUUUGAUCAUCGACGACGAGAAGGUAACAGAUGUUGUUGUGAGCGAGCAGGCGCAAGACUUUACCGGAUACUACAACGUCAGCGUACAGCACAUCCUAGCGGACCAAAACAAGGAUAUGCAAAUCGAUUGUGAAGUCUCGAUACCUGCGACGGAGUACAAACUACGAACCAGCAUGCCUUAUCUCGGUGCCGCCAUUCGACCGGAAGGUACCUUGCAAGUGUUCCUUUGUACGCUCGUCGCUGCGCUGGUAGCGAGGAUGGUGUGUUCGAUUUAGAGAACGAACGACGUUGUGGCGCUUGCGUUGUAAUUUAAGAAAUAACUACUCUUUUCCUGGGCGCUUCCUGCAAUCUCCCUGUUAUGUGUCAAUGCGAGAUGAAUUUUCGGAGACGACGCCUUACACAAAUCCUGAACGGAACGAUGUUGCAAGAGGAUUGAUACGCAUCAAAUCUACCUUUCCGUCGUUGCUGAAACGUGGCUGAAACUACACAUACUCUUCCACCGGACCUUCUUCAAGUGCAAUACUUUUCACUGACUGCUUCCUUAAACUUAUCCUGCCGGUAACGACCGGCGCCUUGCACCUAGGGAUACACCUUCUGUUGUAAAUAAUUGUUUGUUUAUUACUUUUCGAAAUGCGCUUAUUUGCUCCGCACUGCACCGGUUGUUGGUGCGUGGUUGUUUCGUGUAACGAAAUUCGGUGUGCCUUGACCAGUUGCUUCGCUGUGGAUAUCCCGCCGGAGCUGGAAGAAAACGAAACGGAUGAAUGUACGCGAAAGGAAGAUUGUUUAGUCUAAUGUUUUUAAAUGUUCAAACCUUAACACGCGAACACGCGGAGAAUCCACGAUUCGAUUGGUGAUAUCCUGCAAUCGGUGAAUGAAUAGCGAGCAAUGAAUCAAUCGUAGCGUAUAUAGUCAAUACUGUAGAGGUUCUCUCGGUAGGAUGGCGUAUCUAUUUAUGAAAUAUUCAUGAAAUGAAGCGAGUGAUUGUUAAAUGUGUUUACGGAUCGAUUUAUUCGUCGUAAGGAUAACGAUAGACGCGAUGUUGUGUAACACCUGUUGCCGAAUAAAUAAACUAAUUGAAUAAAGCUUUAAACUGCUUGAAUCAUUU